AGCCGUGUAUCCGGCCCAGGGUGCCCCGCCCUCUCCGAAGGCCGCCGCCUCGCGCCACCGCCCCCUUCUGCGCGCGCGCUGCCGGCUCUCGGUGCUGCGUCGCUUUCGACGUCGCCCGACUUGCGCCGCUUCGGAUGCGCGUGCCUGUGGUUACAUGCAGCGGGCGCGAGCUCAUCACCCUCGCCGCCGAGCCGUCCUGGCGCCUGCGCGAGGUGCUCGCGGCAGCGCUGGAAGAGAGCGGCGCGCUCGACUGCAGGGCGCGCGCGUUUUUUGGGAGCGCGGAGCUGUGCGGGGACACCACCCUGGCCGAUCUCGGGGUUGAGCGGCAGCCACUUGACUCUCGUGCUGACCCCGAUCCUGCGCGUGGUGUCUGGAGGCCCCAGUGGGCUGGUGAGCAUCUCCGCCACGUCCGGGGAGUGCCUCCACACGCUGGACGGCCACAGCGAGCCCGUCCGGUCCGCGGUGUUCUCGCCCGACGGGCGGGAGGUGCUGACGGCCUCCUACGACCGCACCGCGAAAGUGUGGUCCGCUGCCUCCGGCGAGUGCCUCUGCACGCUCGUGGGCCACGCCAGCCUCGUCUGGUCGGCACUCUUCUCGCCGGGCGGGCGGGAGGUCCUGACCGCCUCGGACGAUCGCACGGCCAGGGUCUGGUCUGCCUCCUCGGGGGAGUGCCUGCACGUGCUGGCGGGCCACCAGGACAGCGUGCGCGCCGCCGUGUUCUCGCCCCGCGGGCAGGACGUGCUGACCAGCUCGAGCGACGAGACGGCCAAGAUCUGGAGCGCGGCCUCCGGGGAGUGCCGGCGCACGCUGGCGGCGCGGGCCCCCGUGGGCCGACAGGGCGACGUGCAGUCCGCCCUGUUCUCGGCCGACGGCCGGAAGGUGCUCACGGCCUCGAGCGAUCGGACAGCGAGGAUUUGGUCCACGGCCUCCGGGGAGUGCCUGCGAGCGCUGCGGGGCCACCGCGCACCUGUGCGGUCGGCGGUCUUCUCGCCCGGCGGGCAGGAGGUGCUGACCGCUUCGGAGGAUCGCACGGCGAGGAUCUGGUCUGCUGCAUCUGGGGCCUGCCUGCAGAUAUCGGAUACUGGAAGGCCACGAGGGCUUCAUUCGGUGGAGGGCCAGGAGGGCAGCAUCAACACACUUUCGGAGUUUGUGUGCGGCUCUGCUUUUUCUGGGCCCUCUUCGCGGACGGCCGUGUUCUCGCCCAGCGGGCUGGAGGCGCUGACGGCCUCGGACGACCACACCGCCAGGGUCUGGUCGGUGGCCUCUGGGGCCUGCGUGCGCACGCUGGAGGGCCACGAGGGCUGCGUGCGGGCCGCGGCUUUCUCUGCCGACGGGCAGGAGGUGCUCACGGUCUCGAGCGACCGCACAGCGAGGGCCUGGUCCGCGGCGGGGGAGUGCACGUGCACGCUCGACGGCUGCGUCGCGAGCUUUGCCCCCGCGCUCCGUCCUUGUGAAAAGCCAUCGGUUGGCUGUUCCAGCCUCCGCUUCCAGGAUGGUCGACUAUGCCCCAGGAUUGUCCUCCGCACGGCCCUACCUCGACC